CUCGUCACCGCUAUCCCUUAUCGGCCGCGCCUCCUCGCUAAUAGCUUGACACCUGACUGAUGAGGCUUCAAAAUUUUCCAAGCUCUUCCCAAAGUCAACAAAAAGACAGCUCAGGGCGUCUUCUGCCAACGCGUCAAUCUUUGAAUACACAGCGCGUCAGACCUGUCUCGAGCAUCUUUGGCGAUAAUCCGUUGAUUCUAAAUCACUCUCCUCUUCCCUCACAACCAACAGCUACCCGCAUCCAACCAUGUCUCUCCCGCCAGCCACAAUUAAGAUCAAGAGGAAGCUCGGAGAUGAUCCUGUUGAUUACCUCCAGAUUCAUCAUGCAGAGGGAAAGAGACAGAAAGUGCCAGCCGGCUACAUCUUUUCCCGCCAGCCAACUGACGAUGGCCCUGCUUCGAGCCCACUCGAUCCUCAACCCGUCCGUCGAAUAAAGCAACUGCAUCAGUCUGCCAGCUCACAAGCACUCCGCGCAUCUUCGAGUCAAGAGAACCCAGCACCAGCACCAGCAACCCCUCUAGGCAAAGAUGUCUUACCAACAGCUACCCCACCAUCCACUCCUCUCAACCAUACCCCUCGAAGAUUUCAUAUGUCAAGAAGUGGGACCCCAAUUAGUACUACACCAGCUAUAGCAGGUCGUAAGCCCAAAGAUGCCACGGUUUUCAUAGAACGGAAGCGUUGCCGAAGCUCAGACCGAAAACAACAAACACCCCAGCCUGACGAAGUUGCGCAACUGGAUGUCACAAAACAAGAUGUCCCUCAGCAAGAUCAAGAGAAGCCAGGCCCAGGCUUCGCGGCUUCUCAACCAGAAGACAGACCAAGAAAGAAACCCGGCCUGGCAGCUCGAUCCUCCACACCACCUAUCCGACCCACCUCUCCACCAAAGCCUCUCGCCGCACCCUCACGAGGUGUCCGCCUCGCGUCCGGCGCGAUGUUGCCAUGGGAUGGCUCCGAGCGCCUCGCAGCAGAAAUGCAAGCAUACACUCUCGAUGAAAUCGGCCGGACACUCGCUCGCCAAGAAGAAGAAGCCGCAGCCGAAGCGAACCGGCUCGCAGCACUUAAUGAGAAGUCCGCUUCAAGUCCAGUCCAUAAGUACUCCUCGAAGUUCAAGCCGAAGAAACCUGCGUUGCGGUAUGUGGAACGGCAUCCCGAGGCAACGGUGGAGCAUGAGCAUGAGGCAAUGGAUGUAGAUGAACCGCAUAUUGGUGCCGAGGACGAAGACAUGGACGAUGGGGAGUAUAUCAUCGAUACGUACGUCCGAAUCCCAGCCGAUGCGUUGGAGACGGAAGAACAAUCGAAGAAUUUCGGUCUUUUGGUGCUGGAUUCACAGCCUGACAUCGAUGAGUUCUAUCAAGAAGUGGAUAGUGAGGAGGACGACGAUGAAGAAGAGGAUGAAAACGCGGAAAACCACUACACAGCCGACUACCCAGACGAAGAAGUAGCCUCAGACGACGAAUUUGACCGCAACGCAUACAACUACCGCACAGGCAAUGCCUCAGAUCUUGAAGAGUAUGAUGAGUUUAGUGACGAGCACGACGUGGCUUUGAGUGACGAUGAGAACGAAAGCACUAAAUACCCGUGGAAAGCGAAGCAGCCGCCGUGGAUGAAGCGGCCAAUUGAGAAAAGCAUCUUGGAUGAGGACGGGAGAGAAUAGAUGGCCCAGGCGGAUUUUGAACAGAUCAUUUGUGGAUAUUGUAUGCAGGUAAAUAGCUCUGCGUACAAAGUGACCUCUCGUACCUUUUCCA